AUGUCAACACCUCCACCUUCCUUCCAUCACCAUACAAGUCGAUACGAAGUUGAAGAUGGUUAUGUAAAUGAUGGACUAAACUAUUAUCAUAACGAUGAGACAUCACAUAACCAUGCGGAAAGUGAAGGUGAAUUAUCAUCCAAUUUUUCACAUCAAAAUUUCUUCCAAACUCCAAAUCAACCACAAUCACAACAACAAUCACAACAACAAGAGGAUUACUUUUAUCCACAACAACAAUAUUAUCCACCUUCUUCUCCUUAUUCGUAUCAGAUUAGACAUGCCACAUCAACGAAUUCUUCACAACAGUCAACCGAGUCUUUUUUUACAUUCAUUAAUAGAUAUGAAAAAGAUGAAGCAAGAGAGGCUGAAGAACAAGAAUCGAAGGGAAAAUCAGAAAAUGUUUCGGAUAAAAAUCAAUUAAAUUCUGUUUCGGAAACAAAGGAUGAUAUUUCAAUAUUGUUGAGAAUUUAUUCGAGGAGAUUUACACCAGAAUGUGUUGGGCGUAUAGUUUCGUUUCUUCCAGUUUCUGUGUCAUCAUUAGUCAGUAAAUCCUAUCAAUUGGUUUUUGAUGUCACCCAUUAUAAAUCCCUCUAUCAAUUUGGGUACAAUCACUAUUAUUCGAAACAGAGUGAACACAUUUACAAACGUGUCAAUGCAACAUGGAAAGAAACUCUAUUAGAAAUGUACAAGAUGCAAUUCAGAGAAAAGGAACAAAUUUUGUCGAGUAAAUUUCCUCAUCCCUCUGUAAAACUCACUCAAAAUUUUAUGGGAUUUGUCAACUCUGAAGAUUUAUUUAAUUUAAAGAUUAAGAAUGAUUUUGAAAAUAGAAAAUUGAGAUUUACAAUGAUCACCUAUGAAAAGUAUAAUACAUCUGAUAUGUUCAAGCUCUUUACAAAGAAUAAUCAGAACAAAAUUUUAUUGGAUGACAAUCUCUCUGUAGAAUACGAAAUGAAUUUGACCAAGAAUGAUUUGUUCACUCCAGAUGUUCCUGUAAUUUUACUUGGCACUCAUGCUAACUAUAGAAAAGAUUCCCAUAUCAUGUCAAAAUUGAGAAAGAAGGAACGUUAUGUCAUGAGAUUUAUGGAAUGUAUUGAACUUGCCAAGAGAUUUAAUAUUCUCUCAUAUUUGGAAAUGGAUGCCUGUAACUAUGUUGGAUAUGAAAAGGAGAUUUCAUCUUGUGAAGAGGAAGAAAAGCAUCAUAUUGAACCAAAUCAAUCCAAUCAUUCAGAAAAUAUAAUCAAUGAAGAAUCAGUGCCUUCUCAACAAUCAACAACUAAUAAUGAAUCUCAAAUCUUAUAUGAUGAUGACGAUGUUCCAAUAGAGACAAUCAUUGAUAUUUCAUCAGAACAAGUACUUACUCCAUUUAUUGAACUACCAGAUAACAUCUCCAACCAAAUUCAUCAAACUCUAAUUGCAUCUUCCAAGGCAGCCAUUCAUUUUGCUCAUGUAAAUAAUGAAAUUUCUAUCAGAAACUUUUGGAAAGGAACAACCUCUUUCUACAGUGAAUGUAAAGAAGGUGGUAAAGUCAAACCAUUGAAGAAGCCAAAGAAGGACGACUCUGUUAUGGAUGAAUCUGAUGUUGCUUUCAAGCAAAAGCAAAAGGAAGAAGCCAAGGCUCUCGAAAAGGCUAAACAAGAAUUGGCCAAGAAGAAGAAAUAAAUUAUCUUCCUUUUUG